UAGUUAUUAAACUACUGGCGACUUUCCAGUAAUACCGUUGAGACCCAACCUCCUAACAGCUGUACAUAGCUGUCCAAUCUCUCUCUUCCCAUGUGACCCACUGUGAGAAAAGAGAGAGAAAGAGAGAGAAAGAGAGAGAAAGAGAGAGAUUAGGAUUCAAGAUUUAAUGACAUAACAUAAUAAGGUCUUAAUCUUCAUGAGAUAUUGUUCUCUCUUUUUUUCAUUGUUCUUUCUCCUCCUCUUCUUGUUGUGCCGUUUCUAGCUUGUGCUCUUCUUCAAGAAUAACUAACUUUGUUAAAAGUUUCAUUCUUUGUUAUUAAUAUAUAGAAAGCUUUUGUUUCUUGGAGAUUAAUUACUCUUGGGUUUUGUAAUUCUUUAUCUUCUUUAUAUUAAUCUACUCGUGGGUGUUCAUCGAUUUAGAGAAGCUUAAUUUGCUUAAGAUUUGCAUUUGGGUUCUGGAAUUUCUUGUUCUUGUGUUAUUUAGAGGUGUUUUUUGCACUACUAAAUGGCACAAUUACCUCCGAAAAUCCCAAACUUGCAGCCUAGUUGGCCUGAUUUCUCUUACCAAAAGUUCAUGCCACCGUCGCAUAAUCCUGCCGCCGUCGCCACCAACACAACAGCCGCCCAAAACCCUUCAUGGGUAGAUGAAUUCCUAGACUUCUCGUCGGCGAGACGUGGGACCCACAGGAGAUCGAUGAGCGACUCCAUUGCUUUCCUGGAAGCACCAUUGAUAGAAGAAUGUCGUGGGACAGGUGGUGCAGGAGUAGUACCUAAUCAUCAUCAUCAUCAUCAUCAUCGUGGCUCCGGACAUAACAGCAGCACCGACUUCGAUAAAUUUGACGAUGAACAGUUUAUGUCUAUGUUCACCGAUGAUUUCUCCAAUGCCAUGGCUCAGUCUUGCUCUAACCCUUCAACGCCGUCGGAUCAUAACAGCUUUAAUGAUGACAAAGAUACGACGUUGUCCGAUCAGAAGCAGCAGAAGACAAGGAAUGAAUCCGAUGAGGUGCAAAGCCAAUGCCAACAAGAAAAUCAAAUUCCACCAAGCUCAACCAAUAACACUUCUUCUGAUAGGAUAAGUGAUCCCAAGAGGGUCAAAAGAAUCUUGGCAAACAGGCAAUCUGCGCAGAGGUCACGGGUGAGGAAGCUGCAAUACAUAUCUGAGCUUGAACGUAGUGUUACCUCAUUACAAGCUGAGGUUUCAGUGCUUUCACCAAGAGUUGCAUUUCUAGACCAUCAACGCUUGCUUUUAAACGUUGAUAACAGUGCUCUCAAGCAAAGAAUUGCAGCUCUAGCCCAAGACAAGAUCUUCAAAGAUGCUCAUCAAGAAGCAUUAAAAAGAGAAAUAGAGAGACUGAGGCAAGUGUAUCAUCAACAAAAUCUCAAGAACAUGAACAAUGCAGCAGACCCCACUGCUCCUACUGAGAAAGAACAGCAACUUCUCCAAGUUUAAUUCUUUUUAUUUUCCAGUGAGUUUUUCAAGCAUGGCAUAAACUGACUGAUAAAAUCUCUUUAUCAAGAAAAAAUAUAAUUAUUCUUGGAGAAAAUAUUGAGCAUUUAAAUAUUUUUUCAUGGAAUAAUUAUUAUAAAGCUAUAAAUUCUCCAAUGUUCUCUCUUGACCAUGCUUGAAAAACAAAAAAUACUGGAAAGCAGUCACAUUCAUGCAGAAGAAAAGGUGGUGGAUGUUAUUGGUGCUCUCUGCUGUUAUCCUGUGCAUUCACAUGAUGUGUUCACAUCACAUUGGGGACCACUAAACCUUACAUACAUGAUUGGUUGCAGGGAAAAUCAUGUGCAUCUGUGAUUGAAAAUUGAGGGAACAAAGAAGAUUGUUUUUUUUUUUAACUGAUUAGGUAGCUAGGAAAGGGUGUGGAUUGCUGAUUCUUAAUUGUAAUAUUAAGUCUGAUUUUAUUCUUUUUUAUAAGUGAUGUUGGAAGCAAAAGCAUAAUGGGGUUUGUGUUGGGAUGUAUGAAAGGAAGUGAUUGUCAGUGAAGUGGGAAGUGUUUGAUACUUUAAUGUCAGAUUGAUUUGUGCUUUGUUCAGUGGUUGAUAUCUCUUUGUUGUUGUAAUUUUUUUUUUUUAAUUUGUCAAAUUGUUUCAAAAGACAAAAAGGAAAGUGUAAAUAUUCCAUUCUAAUUGUGUAAUAUAGUGAAAAUUUGUGU